AUGAGGCUGCCCCAGGCGGCAGGUCGCCUGCUGCCGCCGCUCCCCACCGGGGUCGGUCUGCUCCGGCGACGCGGGGCCGCCCAGACGCCGGAGCAGCUGGAAAAUAAAACCAAAGGAAAGCUCCAAAAGCAAAUCUGUCAAGUUGUUCUGGACCACUUUGAGAAGCAGUACUCGACAGAGCUGGGAGAUGCAUGGAGCAGCAUCAGAGAGGUACUCACAUACCCAUCGUACUGGCAGCACGCUGUCCUGCUCAACAAAUUCAGCCAUACUGCUGACCUGGAGGACACCUUGAAUGCACAGGGAUAUCAUCCUGCCUUCAGAGGAACUUUGCCCUAUCUUCCAAGAUCACUGAAGUGUUAUGUCAGUAGAACUCCUAGGAGGUUCCCUUCACAAAAACACCAGACUGGUAAACUGAAAGAAUAUUAUCUACUCAACGCUGCUUCUGUGUUACCAGUGCUGGCUUUAGAGGUGAAGGAUGGGGAAGAUGUUUUGGAUCUCUGUGCUGCGCCAGGGGGUAAAUCAGUAGUGAUCCUGCAGUGUGCCCGUCCAGGUCAGUUUCACUGUAACGAGUAUGAUGAGUUGAGAUCAAGAUGGUUGAAACAGACAAUGGAAUCCUUCAUCCCAGAUCCUCUGUUUAACUUAAUAACUGUCUCUAACCUAGAUGGUAGACAGAUUGGAGAACUUAAGCCUGAGUUCUAUGACAAGAUACUGGUUGAUGCUCCUUGUUCAAAUGACAGAAGUUGGUUAUUCUCUUCUGAUAUUCAGCAAGCUACACUUAGGUUACUACAAAGGAAUCAGUUACCUGUUCUGCAGUUCCAGCUGCUAAGGUCUGCUAUUAAAGCACUGCGUCCUGGUGGAUCAUUGGUCUACUCUACUUGCACUCUCUCAAAGGAAGAGAACAGCAAUGUAAUAAAUCUCAUUCUGAACUCCUGCACUAAUGUUAUUCCUGUAAAUAUAAGUGAAAUUGCCAAAGCUGUUUCCCAGGAAUUCACUUUUCACAGUGCUACACAACAGCAUGAACUUCUGGUUCUGCCAGAGAAAGGGAGAGCAUGGGGUCCAAUGUAUGUAGCUAAAUUAAGGAAAAUGUAGUCCGCUUGAUGCCCGUUAGUUUAUUCACUAAUCAACGAAACUGUAUUUGUUUCUACUAUACUGUGUGUGUUUGAACACGCACAUGUCCAAGUCAAUUGAAUUUCGAGUUUCGCUGUUUUGUGUAUGGAGCUCCCUAAUAAAAUGUAAAUGAAAUGUAACCUGGUUACCUAAAAAUACAAAAUGUGUUUUUUAACGUGGGCGUGUGGGCUAAAUCAGAGCCUGGCAGUAUUUUCCAGGUGAUGCUCUUAAAUGGAUUUGUAUUCCUGAAUAGAGGCCUGUGUGGUUCUUUUUGUACUGUUUUUAAAUUACUAAUUCUGAUGAAAUAGAGUAUAUUUUUCAAAAAUGGUUUGAAUGGUGCCUGCUUCUGAAGUCUUGGAAAUCCUGCAUUUAUUCUUGAAGAUACCUUGAAAUGUGUUAUCUUGAAAUGUGUUUUCUUGUAAGAGCUGCUUUGUAUGCAAAGUUGGUCAUCUUAAGCUCUGACUAUUCCUAGCAGUGGCAAAACAGGUUUAAUAUUAGUUAGGUUGUUUAAUGGUUGAAAACUGUCUUAUGUUUAGCUGCUGACCUUUGCAUCUAUAUAUCAGCACCAGCCUUUUUUAGCUUGCAAAAAUAAUUUAUAUUUUUGAAAGGUCUCUGUAACAGUUGACUUAGAUGUGUUUAGCUUUGAUACUUAGUUUGUGACAUAAUGCAGUAUAUUGAGCUGGCUAUGAGGCACAUAGAACCAGAAUGAUUAAUAACUGCAGUAGUGGUAUCGUAUUCAGACAGUUCUAUUACGUGAUUGCAGUAAUUAUGAACAAAACAAUCUGAAGAGGUGGCUUAUAUCCCAAGUUGAGGAACUUUAAAUGAAUUUGUGAUGGUACAUCUGUGGUGUGUACAGGAGAUUCAAUGAGAAGAAUACGUAUUAAUGUUCUCUUAGGUUUCCUCAGUUCUGCUGUGCAGUGCUGUAGAGAAAUAUGGUAGUAUAGGCAGGUAUAUACAUGUUCAUGCAUAUAUACACAUGCAAACUGUAUUUUCACGUAUACUGUCGAUGGACUGAGUGUAUAAAGCACUGAUUUGUCAGUGCUUGGCUUUUGCCUCUGAAUAAAUCAUGUAACAGUGUA